CAGAUGACCAGCAUUCAAUGUAUAAGUAUGACGUAUUUCUGUUGUAUUCACACAGUGAUGAGACAUUUGUUUUAAAGGAGCUUAUGCCAGAACUACAGUCACGUGGUUUGAAAAUACACGUUCAUGGCCGUGACUUCGCAGUAGGAGAAUACAUUGCAUCCAACAUUGCAGCGGCUGUCAUUAAUAGCAGAAAGACUUUAGCUAUCCUGACUCGGGGCUUGUUGACUAGCCACUGGUGCAACUAUGAACUACAGAUGGCCAACAAUGAAUCAAUCGAUACAGGAAGACCUGUCUUGGUAUUUCUAAUCAAAGACCCACUCUCCAUCGAUGAACUAGGACGAGAGUUGCUGAACCACAUCCGCUGUAACACCUACACUAGCUACCCUAGCAACGAACAAGCCAGGAGCCAGAGCUACAUGCAAAUGUUCUGGGACAAACUGGCACAUGACCUGAAGCAGUAACAAGAAAUGAGAGAUCAAGAUACAUUUCGUCCUUGUUAUUUUCUUACCAUAGACACUUUGGUUCCUAACUUCCUACUUAUCUUACGGAACGGAAGUGGGAACGAAAUCUGACAAAAUAAACCUAUACAAGAUAUGUUGAGAAAUAAGCCCCAAAUAAACUUAACAUUUCUCUCAUUUCU